CAACUGCAACAGGAAGUACGGAAGCAAUCUUCUUUUUACUCUUAAACAUUCCCCAAUAAAAUUAAAAAAACUAAUUCGGAAAUCUAGUUCACGGAACUAUUACACAACACAUCGCCAUUCCAAUGGUACGACAUGCAUUUUCCAAAAAACAGUACCCAAAAUAACAACAAAAGGCAGACGCUGGUACCAGCGAUUGCUCUUUGAAACGGUACCGAACACCGUCGCUGACUCGGAGAUGGGUCGAACCCAUUUUGCCCAUCCAGACCGCGAUGGGAGAGAGCGGAUUUCACCCGCGGGUUUCCGCGUGGCGGAGUCGGCCCAUAUAACUAUAAAAGCGAUCUUUUGCGUACUCACUAUCAGCUUGGCUAUCGUCCCAUCCACUACUCACAAGAUGAAGAUAAUAACUUGGUUCAUUUGGUGCCUCGUAGCUCUCGUCGCUAAAGUAUCGGCGGGUGGAGGUGGCGGCAAACACCACGUCAAGUAUAUUAUUAAGUACCCAGUAAAGACCAUCAAGCACACGCAUACCAUCUAUAAGACGAUAUACCAUAAACCGGAGAGUGGCGGUGAUGGCGGGUUGGGACAUAGUCACGGUGGCAAGCCCUUCUCCUUCGAGGGCGGUUGGCAUUGACCCUAAGUCAUACUAGUUUUAAGUCUUUCAGUACCUUCCGUUUUACAAAUUUUCUUGUGAUAUUCUUUGUAGAAAAGUAGAGUAGAUAGGUUAUCCUUGACGAUUUCUGUAAUUCUCACUUUUCUAUCUUCAUCUACAAUACCUUGAUUGUUGUUGUUGUUUUAUGUGUAGUGUUUUUUAUUUUUGUAUAUAUUUUUACAGUCGUUUCAGUUUGUUGUAGUUUGUAAAUAACGACGAGUCUGGAUUAUUAUUAAUAAAAUCCAACACAUACUCAA